UAACAUUUAUGAAUGCUUUUUUAAGAGAUCUUUCGCAAUAGUUUGUCUCCUUAGGCCUAUAAAAUAAGAGGGCUUAGAUCUACGACUCAGAGUGAACAAGAAGAGGAGAGAGACGGUAAUAGAUACCAAAGAGUCAAAAAGAUGAAGAGUAACGUUGUAGGAAAAGUCAUCUGUGUCGUGUUUCUAUUAGUAAUGCUGGCCUCCGAAGGUGAAAGCAUGGGCACUUUCAUUCCAGGAGGAAAACGAGGACUGGAUAUCAACAAGGUUAGAUUAUUAAAGAAAGGCUACAUUUUUUAAAGUUUUUCUGUUCUUGUCUCUGUCUUUAUCUUUUUAAACUAAAGGGCUUUUUAGGAAAAAUCAAAUUAUUUGGAGUGUUACGUUUGGACAAUUUUUUGCACUGACCCAUCCUGGAUUACUCAAACAAUUAUGUGCGAUUAUGUUUUGAUGAUGAAACCGUCUAAAUGUAAAUGUACCAAGUUUUUUUAUCUUUUUACUACGUUGAUUUGGGUGGGAGGAACAAUUUUAAAUUGAAAGUAAGAAAAGAAAAAAAAAUCAACGACAACAGUAUUCCGUGACAAAUUGACGGCUCCUUAGUAAAAGUACAUGAUGGUGUCAUUUAAAUUUGUAUGUGAAAAACAAUUUUCGUCAAGAUAUUAUAAUCUCUUCUUUCGUUCACUCACGUUAUAUUUGCUUUCCUUUCCAGUUCAGAGAAGCUAAGAGCUCUUUAUGCAGGGCUUUGGAAUGUUCUGAUUUACGAAUGGCCAUGGCAUCGCAGAACGAGAUACAAAGAAAGAAAAAAGGUUCACAAAGAGGAAACAAAGGACAUGAUUUACAUUAA